AUGAAUGACAUCGCCAAGUUUUCAAACGAUUUAAAUUACCUGGAUUUUCUUGCUUCUGUUCGUGCGGAUAAAAUUCACUCAGGUUCGAAAAAUAUUCGCACUGGACCGUAUUUGAUUCGGUACUCCACAUUCCUCAACCAUUUACAAAGAAUCGCUGUACAUUGUGGCCUUCAGUUAUCUUCAGGUCCUUGUUCGGGUGGAGGAACAUCAGCCGGAGCCUUGGUGUGGAGAUUAACUUCUGAGUGUUUUGCAGUCAUAGUUGCUGCAACGAAUAACUCUAUCACAACCUCCGAUUCGACUUAUAAUAACUCACCAGAACUGACAGACUUAAUUUCAAUUGCCGCAGUUUAUUUUGAGUUUAAUCAUGAUAAAGCUGUGCCUUGUCCGGAGCUGGCCACUGAUCUCAGUAUGGGCAAAUAUAGUUCGUUACUUCAGCAUGUAGAUAAUCUACUAACGAUAUAUGCCGUUCCGGGUGAUAAGAUUGAUCGUGCUCGAACGUACUUGUGUUUACAGGCUCUUGAGAAAGAUUUGAGCAUGCUGACUCAAGCAAUGAGAACCGACUUGGAAAAUAAUAUCGAUGCCAUAAGUACAUUCAGGCGAGCACCUAACCAGAAACAUGAUGUAUUUAGUAUGCGUGAUCUAGUAAACCGUUCACUUGUUGGACAUUUUGUUGGACGUACAGGAGGUCGACUCGCUAGACUCACUUACUUAGUCACAUCAGCACAGGCUAUGAUUGGUAAUGCGACUGGAGUGAUAAAAAAUAAUUUACAAGUGAAUUCAAAAAGUACAUAUUCAACUAGUAUUGGAUGUGGUUCUCGUGAUGGUCUUAUUGGAGGUUAUAUGGCGCGCAUCGGUCUUUGUCCUAGGUUGUCGUAUGUGGAUGAUAGUUCUGCAGUAGCUCAGUCUACAGUUCAAAGGCUUCCAUUUAUGCCUUUAGUAACACUACAGAAAGAUGCGUAUGGUAUAAGUGUCCCUCAUUUCGCUCAACCAGAUGAAAUCAAGUGUAUAUCGAUUGAGGCUGAAUUCGUAUUACAUUUAGAUCCUCCUUUACCAAUUUCAACGGAUGCAAUUCAACAACUUGAGCGUACUACAGGUCUAAGUAAUACAGAGAUCACAGAUCAGAAAGAAGAAGAUAUAGUUUUGUUGAUUUUACGGAAACAUAAACAGGAACAUUUAUAUGGAAUAAAUACUCACUUACAAAAUCCGAAUAUUACACAACAUAGUUAUCAAAUUAAGAGUGAUGUCAAAGCCUAUCUUGUCAGUUCAGUUCCAUUUACAUGUUCAGAUCAAAUUGGUGAGAUUAUUUCUAUUCUUCGUAAGCAAGCCUCAGCCUUAGCAUUUUACGAAACAUUUAUUGUUCAUCCUGAUAAACCAGUGGAAAAAGAUGCCGCCUUGACAUUCACGUUUAAUAUUAAAAUCAUGGCUGGUCAGAUGAUUUCACUAGAGUUCGAUGACCCCAAUCGUCAUGGAGCGAAAAUUCAUGCCUCCUUACAUGUGCGUCCAUUCGAUGUUCAGUGUCUGGAAUUGAAUUCUUCAAAUACACACGAUCGCUUGAAUAGUAAUUGUCCAAGUAAUGAUCACGAAGUAAACGCCAUGUCACUGAAUAAACCAGACAUAGAGUCUGAAGGUGAUCUCAAAGCUAACUUCAGCAAAAUUCUCACAAAAACACACACAUUACCGAUUGGUUUCGUCUGGUUACUUACUCAACUCCAAUGUCCUGUUCACAAACAGUUAGUAAGCAUGAAAUUGCCUAUAACUAGUGCAUAUAAAAGUACUGAGAAUAAAGAAAGUUAUUCAUCAGUCAAUCAAAAUCAAUUGUCUUCUUUAAGGGCAAUGCUUAAUCGUGUUAAAUCGUCGAUUAUAAUCCGUGGCGCUAACGGUACUGGUGGUGUACUAUGUGGUGGUGAUAGAAAAACUUCAUUAGAUUUUGAAUCCUCUUCAUCAUUCGCUGCAGCGCAAGUAUUUGCUUUAAAUACACCGAACUACUUGAAUGUUGCUAAAAAGAUACCUCCUUUACCCCCAGGUGUCAUGGCCACGCCACCUCCAGCGUUUACCCAUUUGGAUGCAAACUCAGGUGACCUUGGUAUUAUGUCAUCGCUGCGACCUGUAAGCUGUCAAGGCAAAUUACGUGAUGUGCAUUCUAACCCCAAUUUAUCAGUUGCCUCGACUAACUCGUCUCGUGGAUUAAGGCUGGAUGACCUAUUAGUUGAUAGCACAUUUCAAACACAACAACAUAACCAGCAGCGCAACCCACCCAUUUCUUUUUCCCACCCGUUACCGAGCUAUAUAUCACCUAGUCCUGGGACGCAUACUACCUCUUUGGCGGAUGUGAAGGAUGCGUAUUCCGAUAUGAUUAACCCCAAUGUUUCUACAUCAAAUCAUCUUUCAUUACCUACCAUUCACUCCUCACAUAAGCAUGGGUCAUCUGUUUUAUCCGGGUCAAAUUGUAUUCCUCCAAAUUUAUACAAUAUGCCUCCUAUGUGUAUUAGUGCUUCCAGUUCAGAGAUUACAAGUUCAUCUACCAUAACUAAAUCCAAAAGUUUUACUGCUUCACCAGUUAGUGACAGCUCUAGAGCUCCAUCAACAAGCGGAUCUAUGCUUGUCAAUCUUCUAAACGAAGAUUCACUUUCUACUUCAAUUCCUUUGAUGUCUCCAUGCAGUACGGCAGAUCGUCACCAAUACAGUUCCAGCCAUUCUUUAACAAGUUUUCAAAAUAGCCCUCACCCUUCAGCUGCAAGCAAUGUAAACAUCUCUAGUAGUCGACUUCCUGGGAUAAUUUUAUCUAAUAAUUCUCAACCCUCUAGUUCGAAUCCACAGUUAUCUCAAGAGUGUGGAAAAUCUUUAUGUUCAUCUGCACCAAAUCUUACUGCAAAUAAUUCCCAGUACCCUUCCGUUCGUAACUCCAGUCUAAUUACACCUACUGGCCGCACCAAACAUGCAACCUUAAAAAACAGUCAAGGUAGUUUAGCGGUUAAUCCCGCACUUAAUCCUAAAAAACCUCGUAAAAGGCGUCGAGGAACGGUAGAAGGUAGUUUCCAAUGCAUUAGUAGUCAAAAAGGCAAUACACCUGUUCCCUGUGUAUACUCUAACUAUCCAGCUACAAAACACCAGCGUGUUGACACUGUUUUACCUACUACCAAUGUCUCAUUAUCAGGAACCUACCAACGCCCUACUUUUAAUCAAACAAAUUCAAAUUUCUCUUCGUCUUCACUUCCACAUGUCCAACAGAGUACGGUAGCAUCGACAGUGCAAAGCAAUAGCAUGCAAAUUCCUAACCCUAGCAAGUCGGUCUAUGAUUUCGACGAUAACCCCGGUUCAGUGUUCGAUGUCCCGGUCGGUAAUAUAUCGUCUUCCAAUUCUUUAUCAUUUUCAAGUGGUUCUUCAUUGACUAGUCCUAAAUCUAGUGUGUCUGUAAACCCAUUGCAGUCUGGUGGUUUGGCCGUUAGUAAUACCAACCCAAUUUCAAAUUACCCUGUGACAACAAUGAUGUCGUCAAACUCGAAUUUGGAACGAACUAUCGAACGUAAAACUAGUCUGAAGAUGACAAUAAAAACAAUACCAUCUCAACCAAUUACUUCAACUCCCAAAGCGAGAGUAAAUUUUAGUCAGAAUGAAGUCGAUAAAUACAACAGAAUUCAGUCUGUUCAAUCAAAUCCGACCUCUAGCAGUACACCGGAUUCUGGAGGAACAGUUCCUCAUACUCAAUCAUUGCCAUCUGUUAAAAAACGUAAAAAGCGUUCCGUAGAAGGUAAACCGUCAGCAUAUAUGUUACAAAUGCUUCAGCUUGCCAACUCUUCAAUAAGUAGUUCUGAUACUCCAAUUACUACUACUAGUGUUGCUACUGGUGUUUCUGGAGUUCCUAGUCAGUCAGCAAUUACUCCCCUUGUACUUAGCAACUCUGGUUUAAAGCAAAUCAAAAGUACAAAUAAAUUAGUUGGUCAUGGUUCUGUCUUAGUUAAAAAGGAACGUAAACGUCGUCUAGGUCAUGGCUUCACAGAGAAGACUCAUUUUUCUUUCAUUCCAAAUAGUAAUAAUUAUAACCACUUACAAGAAACCACUGACAAUUCAAAUAUACCGAAGCUGAUAAAAAUAAACCGUGUUUCCCGACCAUCAACUUCUGAUGUUGUACCUAAAGACAAUCAAACAGGAUCGGGUCCAACACCUAAUUUGUAUAAUAACUACAUGUCCAUGUCGCCUAAUUCUGCCUCAUCAAAAAAGAAGAUUUCUGCAGUUAGUUCGACUCCACUUGUGACUGGUGUUGGGAUUGGCCCUGGCAGUGAUGAUAUGAUUGUUGCCAAGCGGUUGGUUCCCUCAUCGGCUUCACCAUUAUUAAACAGUGACAAGCGCAAACGCAAUUCAGAUACUUCGAAGCAGUCUAGUAACUCUCAGUCUACUUAUUCUAAUUCAGGUACCUCAGGUGAUUCUGCAUUUAUAUCUUCCCCUCUACUUCCUUCCACUAGUUCGGAUCCUCUUACUAACAGUACUACGACACGCAAAACGCCUCGUCCAUCUUUGCACACAGCAUCCAAUUUAUCUCGUGUUCCACAUAAUCCCACAAGUAGAUCUCAACCUGCUCAACAAAGUAAUACCUUGAAUUACUUAUCCUCUAGCUCAGUUUGUGCUACAAAUCCAGCUUCUGUAAAUGUUGUCGGUUCUUCAUCCGGUUUAAUUAAAGGUUAUAAAAUCCCUAAAAAGAAAAGUUCAACCACCGGCUGUUUGCCAAAUUUGCCUUUAUCGGAUACGAGUGGCGAUAAGUCACUUGGAAUGCUGUCUACCGCAUCUCAGCAAAUACAAGAAAGCAUCUCAUCCUACAGGGAUACAUCAGGUUCUCAAUCUCCAGAAAAAUCUGAUGAAUCCAGUUUAACUAUUGUUGAAAAUUUGUAUCCAAGUUCUAACGAUCCCAAUUUCGAGUGCGUAGAUACAAUAAAUGUAGCUGUUUACAAUGAAAAUAUCAAUGAUCCAGGAACCAAUAACGAUGACAACCCUUCAAUCCCGUCCGAUCCAGUUUCAGGCUUUGUGGCCGGUAGUACUGAAAACUGUCCACAAUCUGUUCUUCACCCACUUUCGCUACAGUCCAAUCCAAACGUUUUAGGACAAUGUCCACAACCGUCACAACAGAAUCAGCAACAACAGCAGUUUCCUCGUAAAUCUUCAGUAAAAAGUAUCAGUGAUAUUGUUGAUAAAUUACGGGCAAAAUCUACUACUAGCAUUUCUUCAUCUACUCCAACAGUUGUCAGUGGUUCGUCCGAUAUUGGAUGUUCAGAUUUGACAGCAAUCACUUCAUGUGAAGUUCAGGAUUCCACAAUAAAUUCAGUACAAUCUGAUCAUACAACCUGUGUCCGCAGUAAUACUAGAAAAGUUGAUGAAUCUCAAGAUCAGUGGAGAGACAAUAUUUUUGAAAAAUUCUGUCCAAGUGGGACACCUACACCACAUCAAGCAGAAAAUGGUCAAAACAAUAUAUGUAAAUCAGAUUCUGAAGUAGAUUUAAGCACAUCUACUGAAAAUAAUAAUGAUGAAUCUGUAUGGGUUGGUAGUGAUAAAGAACCAGUGUAUGACAAAGAUGAAAGGAAUACAUCAAGUAAUUCAGAUACUCCAAUGAUUCACUCGAAUACUCAGCCUAUCUCAGAUUCAGAUGGAAAACAAGGCAAAGAACCAUUUGAGUUUAUUAAAGCUAAUACUGAUACACCAGCAUCACCUACAGAAUUCUUAACCACGGUGCCUACAUCUAGUUCAAAUGUGUCAAGUAAAAUUAUUCCUAUAUCUCCUACAAGUAUGAAGUGUCUCAACUCCACUGGAUCAGUAUCUGGUACUAAUAUAAAGCCCAACAUUGUACGACAUGGCUCUCUACGUUUUGAGAAGAAAACUGGAUCUGGGCGUUUCUCUCGUUUAGGAGGAGGGAUAAAUGGAAUGAUGUUGCAUGGAGGUCCUGUUCAACGUAGCAAUUCUGAUAGUUACAGUCAUUCUGGCGGCGGACAUGGUCAUUCAAAUCGUCUCCCACGUGGUGGGAUGAAUAAUUCACGUCAUAAUAAAGCACCAAAUUUUAAGCCACCAUCAAAUUGGGGUCCAAUUAAUAUGGAUUAUGGUAAUAUGGGUGUAGCACCGUCAUCUUCUUCAUCUGCCGCUGGUCCACCAUCUAUCGAGAUGAAUAAUAGUGGAAAUAUGGGUCAUUGGAUGAUGCCUUCUGGUGGAAAUAUCAAUCAAAACAAUUCCAAUAUGAUGCCAUAUAAUAAUCCACAUUCUAUGCAACAUCAUCCAUAUCAUUCAGCUCUUAAUAAUCGACCUAUGCGACCAAGUUAUAAUGUGAAUGGAACUACAGGGCAUAAUCCAUACAAUGCUGGUAUGAUGCGCGAAUGUCUUAAAUCAAUCAAAGCUGAUAUUGUUAUUCUUUUGGAUGGAACUAAAGUAAUUGAUCAAUUUUCAUUUGAAUUCUAUGUGAAAGAUUAUUUAAGUGAUUUAGCUAAAAAGUUAUCUAUCAAAAGUGACGGAGUAUUGAUAUCUGUCAUCUUAUUUACGGAUCAAAUACAUUUUGCCGUUAAACCAGAACACUCUGUAAAUUUGCCCAGUUUAUUAAUGGCAAUCAAUAGUAUGAAACAGCCGGAUGACAAUAUGAUGAAAGGAGAUAUAAUCCAUGCAAUUUCACACAUUUUAAAUUUUGGAUUUAUUUCAACAAAUAAUAUGGAUACACAAAACAUUACACGAAUGUGUAUUCUACUUACAAAUGGAAAUAUUCCAGAGAAAAAGCAACGUCAAGAUAAUCAGAUAUUUAUUGAAUCUCAAAAUGUCAUAGAAGAAUUACACAAUCGUGUAGAUUAUGUGUUCAGUAUAGGAAUUCCAGGUGCUAAUCAGCCAGGAGUACGUAGAUUAGCUAAGCCUUCACAGUAUGCAUUUCCAUUAACUGAAUUCAAUGGUUAUAAAGAAUUAGAUUUAAAAUAUUUCGAUCCCACUGAAGUAAUUUGUCCAAUGAAAAUUCCAGAAUAUUGUAGGGAAAUUAAAAGAUUACUUUUUAAAAGACCUAUUGAAAAAGUGAAUGGACAGACAGUUGCUAUAUAUCCUUGGUAUCAAUAUGCAUAUCAACAGAGAAAUCCUGAUAUGAGACAACCAAGAAACCAAUAUCCAUACAAUGAGUAUGAAUAUUAUUACGAUUAUGGUGAAUAUAAUGACAGAAGACAAUCUCGGAUACGUUUGGCUAACCCACAAAUUUACAAAAGUAAAACAAACGACGAUAUAUUAAACGUGAAGCUUCAAGAAUUACUAUUUUUAUUAAGACAUUAUGACAAUCGAAAAACGAAAACUGGUUUAACAAAGUCAACUCCCACUAUUACUACUACUACUACUACUACAGAGGCAACUACGGCUUACCAUAAAUCUUUUCAGCAUAAGCCAGAGAACAAAAAAUAUAACAGAAGAAAACCUACCAUAUCACGUAUAUCACCUUCAUAUUCAAAAUCUGAUCCUAGUCAUCAAACGAUACACAACAAACCAAGUACAAAAAUGCUGAAUCAAUCUAACUUCAAUAAUGAAACUCAGAGUAACUGUGAAAUAAAAUUAAAUAGGAUGGUAAAUCUGUUAUCGAAAUUAAUUGAACAGACUCUUCAACGAAAUAAUUCGAAAAUAACAACCACUGACAAUUCGAGUGAAAACAAAAGUUCCAGCAAAUUACUACAGCCAAUCAGUGUAAGUUACUCUUUGAAUAGUUCAAAGUAUGAUUAUUCAGAAGCAUCUUCAUUCAAGAAGGAAGAACUCUUAACACCAACAAUAAUAAAUCAACCACUGCUGAUUACCGAUAACAACAAUGAUGAAACCAAUCAACAGCAUGAAGAUAAACUUUACCAUCCAACCUAUAAAGCAUAUUUUCAAGCAACAGACUGGCAAGAUUCUGCUAUGCAUAAUGGAGCAAUUUUAAUGUUUGCAAUGAAAUCUCAUUCUGGUUUAUCAAUAAAUAAAAUAUACUCUACCGGCAGAAAUAUUACGAGUAUAUUAAAUAAAAAUACAGCUUUUAAUGAAACGCAAACUGACCAUACUACCGAUCAAGCAGAUAUGAGCAGUAAGAUGUCAACUAGUUGGUAUAAACAUGAUUUAUUUGAUCAGUGGUAUAGUGGAUCAUAUAAAUAUGUACUAUACGAAUUAUGGUCUAAUCAUAAUCCAGUUGUUCAAUUAAAAUUCAAUGCACGAUAUGCAGAUAAGUAUACAUGGUUCAAUAAAUUAUUUUUAAAAGCUUCUUAUCCUUGGAACGAAUAUGAACUUUUGGAAAAGGCUAAGUUUAUUCUAACAAGCCAUGAAGCAUUUUCCGUAGUUUUUGAUCCAAAUUCUGUUAUUCUCUUAUCAUCGGUUGGUCGUAGUACGAUUGCACAACUGAAAAACGAACGAAUAGAUUGUGAAUUUCUACGAGGUUAUAUAUUAAUUGUUGACAAUCCUAACUCAGCAAUUUCACAAUGCAAAUGGAAUAACGCAACAAAUUCAAAAUAUAAUAAUUUCAAAAACAGUGUAUAUUAUGAAUAUCCGAAAUUUUUCUAUACAUUGCCAAUAAAUUCACAGAAAGUAGAUAAUUUAAAUUAUCAAUUACCGCCAAAGUUUUCAAACUAUUUAUAUACAUUAUAUGAAGCUGAUGAACUACGCAUUUAUGUCAUACCAUAUGGUUUAAUGCCUAGUAAAACUGAUGGCAUUUUAUUACCACAGACUAACAAGUUAUUGAUUGUCCUUGAUACACAUGUCAAUAUCUCGUUUAGCAAAUUAUGGUAUCAAGAAAUAGCCAGUCCACCUAGUUCGUUUCCAUUGAAAAGUAAUAAUCUAUGCAAUUGUUGGUAUCGUAAUCAGUUAUUAAACAUUUGGUAUAAACCGAAAACACAUUAUCAUACUCAAAAUAUUAAUCAUUUUUUAACAUCAAAUUUAUUUUUCGGUUUUCAUAGCAUUAAAAUUGAAUUACUUGAUCAAAUUGGUCAUAUCAAAUGUUGUCUAAUAUUUAAUACAUAUGGUGCACAAGCAAAUUCAUGGUUUUCACCAACACGUUUAACAUAUUCAUGGCCAUGGUCAAUAAAAACAUUAACUAAUUAUAAUUUUGUACAAUUUGGUGAUCAAAUAUUAACUAGUGGGAAGAAACAUCAUUUAUCAUUGAAAAGUUGGUCAAAUUUCAACUUUUGGAUUGGUAAACAAACAUUAUCAAUUGAAUCAUCAUUCAAUACAAAACAAACUAAUUACACAAUAAAAUGUUUAAGUAUAUUUCUUGUUCACAGUAAAAAUAAUGAAUAUGAUCAUUUUGAACUACCAGAAUGUAUGAAAGGUCAAAUUAAUUUAUUUAAGAAUUCAACUAAAUUAACAAUAUUAACUUAUAAUGAAGAUUUAACAGAAUUGGAUAAUAUGAAAAAAGCACAACAAAUUACAAUAUGGUCAAAUUAAUGACGAAAUAAAAUUGAAAUAUUUUAUUUACUUACUAAACGAUAGUACAUAUGUUUUAUUUUAACUAAAACGAAAAUCAUUGCAACUUAAACAUUGUAACUUAUUAUUCAUGACAGUGCAUGAAACA